CCUGCUGAUUAGGGCCCUAAUCACUGGCUGAGACUCCUAGGAACAGCAGAGCUGGUCGAGUGAGAGGGACCGCCACGCCAGGAAGGGGGGCUGGCAUGGGAGAAGCCUCCACUCAGGGAUGUGAGCUGGGGUGUCAGGCUGUGGCGGGGGACCCUUGAUGCCUGCCUGUGACUGGGGUCCAGAGGUGGGCUGGCCCCAGGCCUCGGCUUCCUGGGGCGGCACCCAUACGCCCACUGUGGAGGCUGUGAGGCAGUGGCCGCGUCCAGCUGGGCCCUGGGGCCUCCUGACUGCUCACUCUGGAAGCUUUUCAGGGCACCCACCCUGUGCCAGCCAGGCAAGGUGCCAGGUAUGGAGCUGGAAAGGCCAGGGAGACACAGUCUAGUGAGAGACAAAGGGGAGUAGCCCGAGUGUUUCUGCAAAAUGCAGCCGGAAUGUCAAGCAGGAAGCUGGAGGAGUGGAGAAGGCUUCAGAGAAGAGGUGCCAUUGAGAUGUGUUUUAAAGGUUGAGAAGGAGUUUUGCAGGGGGGAAGGGGUGGCGGAGGAACAAAGAGUUCUUCAGGACAGAAGAAGGCACACGCAGAGGCGCAGUGGUGUGCAGGUGGCCGCCCCCUGCGUUCCUCCAUCCAGCCAUGAGAUGGUGCCCAUCACCACGGAGACUGUACCAAAGAAUGUAGUGGACACGGGAGAAGGAGCCUCUCGGGGUGGAAACACACGGAAAAGCCUGGAGGACGACGGCUCCACCAGGGUCAUCCCGAGCGUCCAGCCUCAUCCCCUGCCCAUCAGAAACAUGAGUGUGAGCCGGACCAUGGAGGACAGCUGUGAGCUGGACCUGGUGUAUGUCACAGAGCGGAUCAUCGCCGUCUCCUUCCCCAGCACGGCCAACGAGGAGAACUUCCGCAGCAACCUCCGCGAGGUGGCCCAGAUGCUCAAGUCCAAACAUGGAGGCAACUACCUGCUGUUCAACCUUUCGGAGCGGAGACCUGACAUCACAAAGCUGCACGCCAAGGUACUGGAGUUUGGCUGGCCCGACCUACACACCCCCGCCCUGGAGAAGAUCUGCAGCAUUUGCAAGGCCAUGGACACGUGGCUCAACGCAGACCCCCACAAUGUCGUCGUUUUGCACAAUAAGGGAAACCGAGGCAGGAUAGGAGUAGUCAUUGCGGCUUAUAUGCACUACAGCAACAUUUCUGCCAGUGCGGAUCAGGCUCUGGACCGGUUUGCAAUGAAGCGAUUCUAUGAGGAUAAGAUUGUGCCCAUUGGCCAGCCAUCCCAAAGAAGGUACGUGCAUUACUUCAGCGGCCUGCUCUCCGGCUCCAUCAAAAUGAACAACAAGCCCUUGUUUCUGCACCACGUGAUCAUGCAUGGAAUCCCCAACUUUGAGUCUAAAGGAGGGUGCCGGCCGUUUCUCCGCAUCUACCAGGCCAUGCAACCUGUUUACACGUCUGGCAUCUACAACAUCCCAGGGGACAGCCAGACCAGCGUCUGCAUCACCAUCGAGCCAGGGCUGCUCUUGAAGGGGGACAUCUUGCUGAAGUGCUACCACAAGAAGUUCCGGAGCCCGGCCCGCGACGUCAUCUUCCGUGUGCAGUUCCACACCUGCGCCAUCCAUGACUUGGGGGUUGUCUUUGGCAAGGAAGACCUUGAUGAUGCCUUCAAAGAUGAUCGAUUUCCAGAAUAUGGCAAAGUGGAAUUUGUAUUUUCUUAUGGGCCGGAGAAAAUUCAUGGCAUGGAGCACUUGGAGAACGGGCCCAGCGUGUCCGUGGACUACAACACCUCUGACCCCCUGAUCCGCUGGGACUCCUACGACAACUUCGGUGGGCAUCGCGAGGACGGCAUGGAGGGUAGGUGGGACCCAGUGGCUUCCAGCCCCUCUGCACCCCGCACAGGCCCCGCUCAUGUGGCCUCGGUUCUCUUGGGCUGCUGUCCAGAGACUUGGGUUCAGAGGGGAGGCCGAGGAGGGGUCCGAGGCACCUCUGAGAGCUCUCAGUCCAGCGGGGGCAGAUGAAGCAAAUAUGUGAAAGUGUUCAAUAGUGAUAAGGACAGACCCAGAGGACGCAGCACAAUGGCCCAGGGGGUGUCUUGCGAGUGUGCUGUUGCUGCCAAAUACGCGUCCCGGAUGGGCGUGGUCUGAGGCUGGUGGGGGUGGAUUCUGUGGAGCUGGAGAGAUCUCGGAGGGCUCCUUGGUGGAGGUGGCCUCGAGUGGAGCUUGAGAUACCCCCUCUGUGCUGCAGACACAGCAUUUCUAGUAAACCCGCUGCUGGGUUCUUCAGGGUCGCUGCCUGAGUUCUCCGGGGUCAGAGUGCUGGGAACAUAGACGCAAGAUCUGGGGCCUACGAGCUUUCAUCAACAGCCAACGAAAAUGUUUUGAGCUGGAAGCAAACCGAUGGGCUCUGAAAUUUGAAAAGAAAGCUGCAGUGUUGAAACUAAUACGUGUUUAAUUUAGCUACGAAACCCAACAUUAUGUCGAACGGGCAGCCGCAGCUCAGGUCGCGGCGUGAGCGUGGCGUGUGACUUCCAGCCAUUGCUGUGGUCCCUCUGAACGUGUGCGGGGCGGCGUGGGGUGGGGCCGCUCCGGAAGUGCGCACGCCUCGCCUGCGAACCCCUGAGACGCCCUUUCUUGGGCUUGGCCGUGGGCUCGUUUUUCUGAUUGGUCUCGGGACCACAGACUGUUGGCGCUGGGAGGAACUCCGGACGGUCUGGCCCGUUCCCCAUAUUUUCAGCUGGGGUAAUGGAGACCACUCCCCACACAGGAGCUCCCGAUUCACCCCCACGACCCACAAUGUACACUUUCAAGGGUGCCAUCACCCAGCCUCUGGGGGUCCCCUCCCAGCCCAAGCCAGUCCAGGGUGGGCUGUGUGGUCCUGGGGCCCCGGGCCACUGGCAGAGCUGGGUUAGGGACAGCCAGCCCAUGGCCCUCACUCACCCCUUUCCCCCUGGACCACCUGUCUCCCACUCCCUUCUCCGGGACUGGGCUUUGAUGACUCCACUCUGGAAGUCUUUAGGCCUUUGCUCAGAUAAAACAUUCUCCCUCUGACCAUGCGGACUCCAGAAUGAGCCAGAGAUUUCAGAGAGAGCUGGGAGGAGGGCGGCGGCGGGGCUGGAAUUGAGGGCUCCCCAUGAGCGAGCACGUCCUCCGUGUGCAGCAUCGCGAGGUUCAUGGUUUGUCCUCGUACCCCCCGAGCUCCCGCCCCUUCCGGGGGUGCUUCUCCCCCUCCCAGGGGCCCACCACUCUCAGACUGCCCCCCACCGGGCCCUCCCCACCUGCCGAGGCUCCCCCAGAGCACUCCUCUCCUCCCACACCCGUCCCCACACAGCGAGGGGCUGGGGAGAGAGCAGAGGGUGGGCCGAGUCCCUCCUGAGGCUCCACAGCUGCCAGCCUAAUCGCCCCGUUGUGCUGGGGAUGUUUGCAUUUUUAACAAGAACACUUGGCAGUUUGAAGGAAUUUUUACUGUCUCCCCGUCUCUCCCUGGUGCAGAUUCAAUGCGAGGAUAAAUGUAAAAACAUUUAGCAAACUAUAAAGUGCCAUAAAGUGCCAGGCAAAUAAAAGGUAAAGUAAUUAAGGGCAAGAAGCAGGAGGUGUGGGAAGACCGGGCCUGGGACCCGGUCGGCUGUGGGGGAAG